AUGAAGCAUCUCAUUUUGGUAGGCGCAUGCUACCUCGACACCAUUCUUACUGUCCCUCAUUUUCCCAAUGAGGAUUCGAAACUUCGAGCGACAGCAGUGCAGGUGAGGCGUGGGGGAAACUGCCCCAACUCGCUUGAAGUCCUCCAGCAACUCGUGUCUGCCGGCCCGUACGAGCUCCAGCUCGGGCUGCACCUCGUGUCGUGCCUGCCUGACGCCCGGGCAGCUAGCACGCGUAAGAUAAUGUCGUCCUUCGGCACGAGGCCCGGCUCUGCCAUAUGCUUUGACCAUUGUCUCUACCGGGAGGGCCGCGAAGAGGCCGCUAGCAGUUACAUCAUCCGCAGCAGUGAAACGGGCAGUCGCACUAUCGUGAAUUUUAACAGUCUGCCAGAGAUGUCUGUCGGCGAAUUCGUGAGAAUUGCCGACGUCUUCACAGAGCAUGGGAAUGAGUGUUGGUGGCAUUUUGAGGGCCGAAUCCCGGAGACGACGCUGCGAUGCAUCCGCCACCUCCGCUCCUCUAUGCCCGGUAGCACGAUCAGUGUCGAAAUUGAAAAACCUGGCCGGGAAGGGUUGGAAGCUCUUGCUGCCGAGGCCGAUGUCGUCUUCUACUCGAGAAGUUGGGCUGAGGUAAGGAAGAGGAUACGCCAACCCGGAAGCUUGUCUGAGGAGCGAGGCUCGAUCGACCAGGGCGUAGGCGCCGGGGCUCUUUCGCCGUCCAGUGGCGAGUACAUUCACUGUUCUGCAAUUUCACCCGGGGAAACGGUAGAAGUCGUCGACACCAUCGGCGCGGGUGAUACGUUUAUUGCUGGGAUGCUCUACGGGCUGCAUAUUGAAGCCUUGAGCCGAGAGGCGAGGUUAGAGUUCGCAGUGGGGCUGGCCACCAAGAAAAUCCAGAGGGAAGGCUUUGCAGGAUUGGUACAUACAAGUACCCUCAAGCCUGCAACCUCUUUCUGA